AUGCUUAUUUCAAUCACUUUUAUCACUAUUGUCCUAAUCAUUUCAGCGGCAGUUAUAAUUCUCUCUACACUCCUAGCAAAAAAAACUAUUACAGACCGAGAGAAAAGAUCCCCCUUUGAAUGUGGAUUCGACCCCAAAGGAUCAGCACGACUACCGUUUUCACUACGAUUUUUUCUAAUCGCUAUUAUUUUCUUAAUUUUUGAUGUAGAAAUCACACUCCUCUUACCCCUAACCACAAUCAUCACAUUCUCUAACGUAAAAACAUGAACCCUCACAGGGUUAUUUUUCCUCAUUAUUUUACUCUUAGGAUUAUACCACGAGUGAAUCCAAGGAGCUUUGGAGUGAUCUGAAUAA